ACCAUCAACAGAACUCAAAAAGUCACCGGUCAGAUCCUGCUCAAUGGAAGUCCCAUCAAGCGGCAGCGAUAUCGUCGUGAAGUCACUUACACCUCUCAGGAUGUCAGCAUGCUCGGAAACAUCACCGUCACGGAAAGCUUGGACUUUGCAGCGGAACUCAAACUUCCGCGAUCCGUUUCGCGGAUGGUCAAAUCGAAAACCGUCAAUGACAUUAUUAAACUGUUGGGACUACAGAAAUGUGCCAACAACUUGGUGGAAACUAUUUCCGGUGGCGAGAAGAAGCGCCUGUCAAUUGGUUUGGAGUUGAUCUCCAAUCCGAGGAUUCUGUUUUUCGACGAACCGACCAGUGGACUGGACAUCAUUGCAGCCAUGCAGGUCAUCGCCCAUCUGAAGGAGCUGGCACUGUCCGGGAAAUGUGUGAUUUGCGUCAUUCAUCAGCCGAGUUCCAGUAUAUUGCAGAUGUUUGACGAUUUGAUAGUCUUGUCGGAGGGGAAGUGUAUUUACAAAGGUCCGUUGGACGAAAUGGUAUCGACCUUCAAAUCGAGUGGGUUCGAAUGUCCCAACUAUUACAACAGGGCAGAUUUCGCCCUGGAAGUAGCCAGCCUGAAGCACGAAGGAAAUCUCCUAACCCUGGUCGAGAAAGCUAGGGAAGAGUACAAACCGGCAGCGAUAGUGAAUGAGUUGAAUGAGAGCGAAAACGAUGCGAUGCUGAUAGCUGCUGGCGCCAAUAAUCACUGUGAUAGCGACAUCGAGGCGGGGUCAGGAUAUUCCGGGGGAUCCGAUCGGCAGUAUCCGGUAUCCCAGUGGAGUCAAUUUGUGACGCUUACGAAAAGGACCACGCUCUGUACCUUUCGGGAUAUGCAGUUGAUGAAGAUGCGAAUCCUUGCGCAUCUGUGUGUUGGUUUGCUGAUCGGGGUGGUGUUUUGGGAGGUUGGAAACGAUGGCAGCAAAGUGUUGAGCAAUGCAUCCUGUUUGUUCUUCUUUUUGAUAUUUGUGUUUUUCGCAAAUGCCAUGCCGCUGGUGAUGACUUUUCCACUGGAAACGGCAGUUUUCAUAAGAGAGCGGAUGAACAACUGGUAUUCUUUAGGAGCAUAUUUCUUCUCAAAAUUGGUUGCAGAUUUCCCGUUUCUGAUCUUGGGACCAACUCUCUUUCUAGCUAGUUCGUAUUACAUGACAUCCCAACCAAUGGAGUUGCAUCGAGUGGUAAUGCUGUGGACGAUCUGCAUACUUACAGCCUGGGUUGCUCAGCUCACCGGACUCCUGGCUGGAAGUUCACUACCAUUAGAGUUAAGUGUCUUCUGUGUGCCCUGUUCGGUGAUUCCGAUGCUGGUGUUCUGCGGUUUCUUCGUCCGUUUUCGGGAGAUGUUCGAUUUCUUGGUGCCGUUCACCUACGUUGGAUAUUUCCGGUACAGUUUCGAGGGUUCGAUGCAGGCCAUCUAUGGGUUCAACCGAACGAACAUUCCCUGUGAAAAGUAUUGCUACUUUGGGAAGGUUUCCAAAUUUUUGGAAAGCUUCGAUAUGGAGGAGAAUACUUACGCGAUGGACGUCGGGGGUUUGGUGGUGUGGGUGGUGGCGAUGCAUGUGGCCCUGUACGCCAGCUUAGCAUUCCGGUUGAAACGUAACCAGUGACCUUGUUGUUUGUUGUGAGAUUAGUGGGUGGUGUAGUUAUUGUGGGCUACUCGUUUACAGGGAUAGGCAACAUUCCACGAAUAUUGAUUUUUUUAUGGAAAAAAAUGGAACUUGUAUUUUUUAAA